AUGCCCGGGACUGGCAGCCGCGGCUCCUGCAACCUUUGCUCGGAACGUGUCAUUUCCCCGAUCGUGGUUCUUUCGCUCCAUGGUCUGAUCGUGACAGAUGUGGUAUGGCAUAGAGCCGAAAUCUGGCAAGAUGCAAGCAUGUGGUACCGCAGCUUGAGGCUGCUUGUACUAGCGACAGUGGCGUGCUAUUUGCGCACCUGCUUGACGGACCCAGGGUUCUUGCAAGCUGGCGUGCAACCAAGCAAUGUCGCAUACUGCAGCAGUAGAGGAUGCUUGCUGCUUUGCUGCGCUGCUGCCAUGUCCAUGACUGAAUGGAAGGGAGGCUUGGCAGAGGGCAAGCCCAUUAUGUUGCCAGAAGUCGUUGGAGUUGGCUUUCCAGAUGAAGAGAAAGUCCAGCCAACUGCUGGUGCUGCUACCAGCCAGCUGGAAAAUCCGCCGCUGGACUUCGAGUACUACGAUGAAGGUAUCCUGAAACGACGAGGGCCGGCUGAAGACUUGGAGGAGGCAGACAACCCACCAGGAACGCAGCUGCGGUGGUGCAAGCGCUGCCAUUUGCAUCAGCCGCUGCGGACAAAGCACUGCCAUGACUGUGGCCGAUGUGUGCGAACGCAUGACCACCACUGUCCUUGGAUCGGAAGCUGUGUAGGCGAGAACAAUCGCGUGCUCUUCUUCUGGUUUCUGGUUCUACAGUGUAUCGAGCUAGCAGCCUUCUUCUAUGAGGGCGUGCAGGGCAUCUCCUUACUGGAGCCGAGUGUCGUUUUGCUUGUUGGCCUGAUCUUCAUUGCCGUCUUCUUCCUCAUGGUAAGCUGCUUGCUUUGCUUCCACACAUUCCUGAUGCUCGCAAACCUGACCACCUGGGAGCACAUCUCCUGGACGCACAUCACUUACUUGAAGCCGCUAAAGGCAGACUCAGGCUCGCCUUUUUCCC